AUGGAACGACAGAAGAGUCAUGGAGGAAUGUGGAGGAGAGGCUAUACCAUUGGCCAAGGGAGCUUCGGUACUGUUUCUUUGGCCACAGCAAAACAGAAAGCCAUCAAGCAUCGAAACCAUCUCCCACGAUUGAUGGCUGUGAAAUGGGCUGAGGUCUCUCGUUCUGGAACCCUUCAGAAGGAAAGAGAGAUACUCACCAGGUUCGAAGGAUGUCCUUCCAUUCUACGCUGCUACGGUGACGAGAUGACUACGGAGAAUGGUGAGUUAACCUACAAUGUCUUGUUGGAAUAUGCCUCUGGAGGUACCUUAGCUUCUCGGAUUAAGAACUCCCAUGGCGGAUUGCCUGAAGCUGAAGUUAGGCGCUAUACCCGCUCGAUUCUUCAGGGUCUUAACCAUAUUCAUGAUCGUGGUUACGUUCAUUGCGAUAUCAAACCCCAGAAUAUUCUGCUCGUGCUUUGCUCGUCUUCUUCUUUAGACACAAUUCGUAAUGACUAUGUCGCGAAGAUUGCUGAUUUUGGUUCUGCUAAGAAUACCAUGAUAGAACAGAGGAAGAGGAAGAGGAUGAACAAACGACAGUCUUUGAGUUUGAGAGGAACCCCUCUUUAUAUGUCACCGGAAUCUGUUGCAGGUGAGGAACAGGAAGCCCCUUCUGAUAUAUGGGCUCUUGGGUGUGUUGUAGCUGAGAUGAUUAGUGGAAAACCUGCCUGGAAUUGUGAUUCUGACAUGGAUGUUGAUGAGCUUCUUUCUCUGAUCGGCUCCGGCAAGGAAUUGCCCGAAACCCCAAGUAAGAUGUCCAAAGAAGGGAAGGAUUUCUUGAAGAGGUGUUUUGUGAGGACUAGCUUGUUCAGAUGGACAGCCGCCAUGCUUUUGCAUCACCCAUUCGUAUCAGAGGAUGUUCAAGUUGAAACUGCUCCAGAGUUGUCCAAUGAUACCAAAGAAGCAGAGAGUGUUCAAAAGCGAAGGAGGAUCAAUGGCUCUGAUGAGCCUUCUAUUGGUGAUGACAAAUUGAAGCCAGUAUCAAAGGCUUCAAUUACUACAAGGCUUGGAAGAUUUGCCACAGCUUCUUGA